AUGUUGAGCUCCUCGCCGCUCCAGGUCCCCGGCGGAUCGCCGAACUCGUCCAAGCGCUCGCUCUCGCACGACAGCAUACGCUCCUCGGCCGCCGUGUCGUCCUUGUCCAUCGGCAGCUCGCCCGCGGGCUCGGCGCGAGGCCGCAUUUCGGCCGACGACGGCAUCGAGGCGCCGUUGCCGUGGUUCCUGAGGCAGUCGAAAACAGGCAGGCUAACUUUCAAGCGCGCGGGCUUCGCAGAAAUCACUGAGAAAUUCGAAACCCUCGGGUGGCAGGAGCGCAAGCGCAUCGCCGAAGGCGCUCUGCAGACCAACUCUCCCUCGCGAUGGUCCCGCGUGACGGGCGGCCUCGUGGCCCAGCGCAACCGAUACAUGAACGUGGACCCUUUCGCCGCCAAUCGCGUGCAAUUGAAGGUGCCCGAAGGGCAUGACGAUUAUAUCAAUGCGUCCCCCAUCAUCGUACGGUCAGCGAAAACCGGCGCGGUCAAGAAAUACAUAGCGACACAGGGCCCCAAGGAUAACACCCACCACCACAUGUGGCGUAUGAUCUGGCACGAGUGCGCCUCUCCGGCCGUCAUUGUUAUGUUGACGCAGCCGUACGAGGGCGGCCGAGAGAAGUGCUACCAGUACUACCCUGACAGUAUGGAAUCGCCGCCGAUAAUCGUGAACGAGCACGACGAGUUCGGCGACGAGGUCGUCUUCGAGAUCACCUUGCUCUCCGUGCAUGAAGACGAUAGGUCGCGUUCGACCGUCCGCGAGCUGGAAAUCAAAGACCGCGCCUCUGGAGAGACGAAAAAGGUUUGGCAUUUCCUGUGGCCCGUAUGGCCGGAUUUCGGCGUGCCAGAAGGCCCAUAUAAGCACCUGCUGGCGAAUCUGAUCCCGCUGUCCGAGGAAAAGAACACGGACGAGAGCAGCCCCCGGAUUGUUCACUGUAGCGCCGGCGUUGGCCGCAGCGGGACCUUCAUAGCCCUGGACCACCUCUUGACCGAGUUGAAUGCGGGAGCUCUCGACGACGUGCCCGAUGGUAAAGAUCCCGUCGAGGAGACGGUCGAAGCGCUUCGCGCCCAGCGCAUGAUGAUGGUGCAGCAGGACUCGCAGUUCGCCCUCAUCUACAAGACGCUCCGCGAGAAAUGGGUUGACCGAUGGCGAGAACGCCAGGGCCUGCCGCCUAUCAGACGUGCCGUAACAGAUAGCGGGAGAGGAUCUAGCGAGGAGGCGGCGGGUGCCGCCGCCGCUGUCGACACCAAACGAGGCGGGGACACGGCCGAGGUUGAUGAGCGCGACACCAAGGUCGCGCGUUUUACGUCGUCGGACCUCGAGGAGCGCGAUGCCAGGCUCGCUCGCCUUGUUUUCGAACUCGAGGCGGAGUUGAGGCAGAACGCUGCCGGUUGA